CCACCCCCGCCGCCGGAGGGGAACCGGCCGCCGCGGCUGCUGGGGCCGGCGGGGUCGGUAGUCGUCAUGGAGUACCCGUGGGAUGAUCUGACUCUGGCCUUCUCCCGCACGUCCAUGUUUCCCUUUUUUGAUAUCGCCCACUACCUGGUGUCGGUGAUGGCGCUGAAGCAGCGGCCAGGAGCAGUGGCUGUGGCCUGGAAUAACCCCCUGUCUAGCUGGCUGAGUGCUAUGCUCCAUUGCUUUGGUGGAGGAAUUUUAUCCUGUAUACUGCUUGCAGAGUCUCCAUUGAAGUUUCUUACAAACCACACUAAUAUUUUACUGGCAUCUUCAAUCUGGUAUAUUGUAUUCUUUUGCCCUCGUGACCUAGUUUCCCAGGGUUAUUCAUAUCAACCUAUUCAGUUCCUGGCUGCGGGAAUGAAGGAAAUGACCCGAACGUGGAAAAUAGUAGGCGGAGUCUCGCAUGCUAAUAGCUAUUACAGAAAUGGCUGGAUAGUCAUGAUAGUUGUUGGAUGGGCCCGAGGUGCGGGCGGUGCUGUCAUCAUAGCUUGUGAACAGUUGUUAAAAGGAGACUGGAAACCAGAAGCUGAUGAAUGGCUGAAGAUGUCCUUCCCCUGCAAGGUAACCCUGCUGGGGUCAAUUAUGUUCACCUUCCAGCACACCAGGCAUCUGGCAAUAUCAAAGCAUGAUCUCAUGUUCCUUUACACUAUCUUCCUCGUGACCAUAAAGGUAACCAUGAUGAUGACAAAGGAUACUGCUGUGACUCUCACUACCUUUGAGGACACCCUGACUCGGAUGUUGUUUGGCCGGCGGCAGCAGCAGCAGCAGUUUUCAUUGAGUGAAAAGAAAACUGAAGUCAAACCGUCUUCCAAUGGUUCUGCCUCAAGUGCAUCUAAGCAGGGAGCAGAGCCUUCGGGUGGUACUAAGAGACACGCCAAGAAAGAAGACUGAGGAUCGUCCCUGGGCUUCGGAGGCAAAAAGAAAGAGUUACUUAUCUCUCGGAGUGUGUUGUAGUUCUGUGUAAAUGAUGUGAAAUAACGCUUAUGUGUGGGAUGGAGGAGACAAAAGGGGGAAGUGCUUUGUUUCAGGGACACCACUCGCUCUGCUGGUUGUAACUCUUGGGGUCACGAGUGUAUCAUGUGAAUUUAUUUUUCUGGUGUAAGAGAUUCUCAUAAUUAUUUGGAUAGUUUUAUAUUGAUAAAAGAAUAAUUUUUUAAAUGUUACAAAAAGUUCACUUGUUACUGCAAAAUUCUAAGAAUUUAACAAAAAAUUCAGUAUUUUUUUUUUACUUUUUGAAUGACUAUAAUUGUGUUUUAAUUCUGCAGAAUUAAACUUUUACUUCAUAUUUACAAUAUAAUUCCUGUAUAUAGAAGACAAUUCCUAUUUAAUUUUGAACACAGAGAACUUUUCCUAAAUACUUUUUAACCUAAAAUAAACUAAUAGUGU